GGUUUCUCUGCUCUUACAAUGAUUGAAACAGCCAUUGUUGGGGCCAAUGUAGAACUGUAUUGUCCACGUACUCUUCGGGAUGGACGAUUGCCCCCAUUAGAACGUUUAUGGGCCCAUGUGUGGUUAAUGGAGAGAGAUACUGUAAGCGCUGACGAUGUGCUUGCUGAAAGCCACAAGAUGAACAGAGAUAAUAGAGCAGAUUUAAAAUUUACAUUAAUGAGUCGAGAUGUCAACGAUGGGUAUGGUGACGAAUGGCUUGAAGUUUAUCUAUUCAUACUACACAACUGUGGAUUAAUGGUAGGGCUGAUCAGUGCUUUGUGGGGGAACUUUCUUCAAGACAAUUUUAAAAAUUAG